GCCGCCGCCGCCCCGGGGCCGCCCGGCCCGGCCCGGCCGAGCCCCCGCCUCCCGCCCCUCGCCCCGCCCCGGCCGCGGCCCGACCCAGCGGGAGGAAGAUGGCGGCGCUCAUCCCCCUCAGCCAGCAGUUUUCUACUGGGAACCCAAUAUACGAAACUUACUACAAACAGGUAGAUCCAACAUACACAGGGAGAGUUGGGGCAAGUGAAGCUGCUCUGUUUCUUAAAAAAUCUGGUCUCUCUGAUAUCAUCCUUGGAAAAAUAUGGGAUUUGGCUGACCCAGAGGGGAAAGGAUACUUAGAUAAACAGGGUUUCUACGUCGCUCUGCGCCUCGUGGCCUGCGCCCAGAACGGCCACGACGUCAACAUGAGCAGCCUCAACCUGACUGUGCCACCUCCUAAAUUCCAUGACAGUAGCAGUCCUUUGCUGAUCACACCCCCUUCAACAGAGACUCACUGGGCUGUCAGGGUGGAAGAAAAAGCAAAGUUUGAUGGUAUUUUUGAAAGCCUUUUGCCAGUAAAUGGUUUACUUUCAGGAGACAAAGUAAAACCAGUACUGAUGAAUUCAAAGCUACCUCUUGAUAUCCUUGGAAGGGUCUGGGAUCUCAGUGAUAUUGAUAAAGAUGGUCACCUGGACAAGGAUGAAUUUGCUGUGGCAAUGCAUUUGGUUUAUAGAGCUCUUGAGAAAGAGUCAGUCCCUUCACAAUUGCCCCCUUCUCUCAUACCACCUUCCAAAAGAAAGAAGAUGCCCGUGUUCCCUGGAGCAGUUCCUGUUCUCCCUGCCAGCCCCCCCCCCAAGGACAGCCUCCGUUCCACCCCCUCCCACGGCAGCGUCAACAGCCUGAACAGCACAGGGAGCCUGUCCCCCAAGCACAGCAUCAAACAAGCCCAGCCAGCUGUGAACUGGGUGGUCCCCGUGGCUGAAAAAGUGAGAUACGAUGAGAUUUUCUUGAAAACGGACACAGACAUGGAUGGGUUUGUGAGUGGCCAAGAAGUAAAGGACAUUUUUAUGCAUUCAGGUCUGUCUCAGAGCCUCCUAGCACAUAUAUGGGCUUUGGCAGACACGAGGCAGAUGGGGAAGCUCAGCAAAGACCAGUUUGCACUUGCCAUGUAUCUCAUUCAGCAGAAGGUCAGCAAAGGGAUUGAUCCUCCCCAAGUGUUAUCCCCAGAGAUGAUCCCUCCCACAGAGAGGAACACUCCCAUCCAGACUCUGUCAGGGUACUUGACCCCUGUAGGAACUGAGAUCUCAGCCCUCUCAGAGAUGCGGCGUGACAGUGCAAGUUCUGUUGGAUCAGGAGAAUUCACAGGAGUGAAGGAGCUGGAUGAUAUCAGUCAAGAAAUCGCUCAGCUGCAGAGAGAAAAGUAUUCACUAGAGCAGGACAUUAGGGAAAAGGAAGAAUCAAUCAGACAGAAAACCAAUGAAGUUCAGGAACUGCAGAAUGACUUAGACAGGGAGACAAGUACCUUGCAAGAGCUGGAGGCUCAGAAACAAGAUGCCCAGGACAGGCUGGAUGAGAUGGACCAGCAGAAAGCCAAGCUGAAGGAUAUGCUCAAUGAUGUCAGGCAGAAAUGCCAGGAAGAAACCCAGGUGAUUUCAUCACUAAAAAUGCAGAUUCAGUCUCAGGAAUCAGAUUUAAAAUUACAGGAAGAUGACCUUAACAGAGCAAAAGCAGAGCUGAACCGCCUGCAGCAGGAAGAGACUCAGCUAGAGCAGAGUAUCCAGGCUGGAAAAGUGCAGCUUGAAACAAUAAUCAAAUCUUUAAAAUCAACACAGGAAGAAAUAAACCAGGCAAGAAGUAAACUUUCCCAACUGCAAGAGAGCCACCAGGAAGUCAACAAGAGCAUAGAGGAAUACAAUGAAGCUCUCAAUGGGAUCCACGGGGGCAGCCUGACCAAUUUAGCAGAUAUGAGUGAAGGCCUUGGACAGACAGAAAGAAGCAAUUAUGGAACUAUGGAUGAUCCAUUUAAGAACAAAGCCUUGAUGUUUACCAAUAAUACACAAGAAUUGCACACAGACCCAUUCCAGUCAGAAGAUCCUUUCAAAUCUGAUCCAUUUAAGGGAGCAGACCCCUUCAAAGGCAGUGACCCAUUCCAGCAUGAUCCUUUUGCAGAACAGCCACCUGCUCCAGCAGAUCCCUUUGGAGGUGAUCCCUUUAAGGAGAGUGACCCAUUUCGGAGCUCUGCCCCCGAGGAUUUCUUCAAGAAGCCAGUGAAGAGCGACCCAUUUACCUCAGAUCCCUUCACAAAACCCCCUGCUUUACCCUCAAAGCCUGACCCUUUUGAAAGCACUGAUCCUUUUACGUCUUCCAGUAUCUCUUCAAAAGGUCCAGAUCCAUUUGGAACACUGGAUCCAUUUGGAAGUGGUGCUUUCAGUAGUGGGGAGGGAUUUGCAGACUUCAGUCAGAUGUCAAAGUCAGCAGCUCCUGACCCCUUUGCCUCCUCUUUUGGAGGGGUGGGAUUUUCAGAUGACCCUUUCAAAAGCAAAUCAGACACACCAGCGUUACCACCCAAGAAAAAUGUCCCUCCACGGCCCAAGCCACCCAGUGGUAAAAGCACUCCUGUCAGCCACCUUGGGCCUGCAGAUUUUCCCAAGCCCCAUGAUCCAUUCCAGCCAUUUGGGGCUGACAGCAGUGACCCCUUUCAAAGUAAAAAGGGGUUUGGGGACCCAUUUAGUGGAAAAGAUCCAUUUGCUCCCUCCUCUUCAAGUAAAACUUCUAAAGACUCUUCCUUGGGGUUUGCAGACUUCAGCUCUUUUGGAAAUGAGGAGCAGCAGCUGGCCUGGGCCAAGAGGGAGAGUGAGAAAGCAGAGCAAGAAAGACUGGCCCGGUUGCGGAGACAAGAACAAGAAGACCUCGAGUUGGCCAUUGCCCUCAGUAAGGCUGACAUGCCAAACUCCUAAAGAGGGGCUUGGGCUCCACCCCAUCCAAGAGAAACCUUGGAAAAUGGCUUUUGGUAAAAAUACUAAACCCUUGGUUUCUGUUGUGAAAAUAAUUUUAGUCACCUUCAGAUUUAAACAAGACCUGGCUGGGGGCGUCCGCCCGGGCUCUGUGUGGCUUCUCUCAAGUGCAUAAUCUGCAGGAAACACUGUAAUAAGCUGUAUUAUAUGUUCUAGAUAAAAAUUUAUUGCUUGUAAGAAAUGUAACGUAUAAUCCUGAGAUACUGAAAGUUUUCUUUUCUCUGGAAGACAAAUGUUGCACAUUAGGAAACUGCAACGUGUGAACCUGGCUUUUUAUAACCUGAAUUCCAUUGGGGGGUUGGAGGCUGCAGGAUGAACUUCAAAGAAAAUGUCAUAAAGAAGAGAAUAUUUACAGAAUUAGCUUUCACUUGUUACGUUUAUUUAAUAAUUCAUGGUAGCCUAAUCAGUUUGUCACCUGCAUCAUCUGUGUCAAAGCAUAAAUUCAUUAUUAGAUGGUCCCUUUUAAUCCAGAAGAUGUGGCUUUUACAAAAGAAUCUAACAGUUUAUAUAUGAUGGAUACAGUGAACUGUGUAAAAGAGUACAGACUUGAAGCCUUUAUGAAUGAGUGGUUCUAAUUUAAACAUUUGCUUGCGUUGAGUUUUAAUAAUUGUGGUAAAAGAGGGAGUUCGUUCAGCUGCAGUAAAUUGGACAAAUCAUUUGGCAGUUAAAUUAUGAAGCAAAAUUUUGCUGUAUCAUAAGCAAAGGGUGGUGAUACACGUUUGGGUGCUGCUUUCCUGUGAAAUCAGGAAAUCAAGCAGUGGAAAAAUGGCUGAGUUUGAGGAGUGUCCAUCCCUCCAACCCAUUGUGCCCUCGUUUACUCCAACCAGCACAACAGCCCAGGCUGUGUCCCUGCCUCUGCUUCUUUAAUUCCACCAGUCCUGUGGGCUUACAGAUCAAACCUGAUUUAGCUGAAUCAGUUUUUAUUUGCCAAAUACGUAUUCACACAUAAGUUCUGGCAGCACUGGUGGUCUGGGUUGGCUCUGAAAUCCAGUUUGCAGCCCCCAGAGCAGGUAGGGACAGGUUUUCUAUGCACUGACUGCUUCCACCUGGAAAGGGCAGCACAGCACGUGUCUGACAUGUCAUACAAAAAAAUAAGGCUGUGAAUUCUUUACUUACUAAAAAUGCCUUUUCUGAUUACAGGAAUUCUAAAGCUACAGUUGUCUUUGCCUUGGACUUUUCUGUCUCAUAGAGUAGGGAACCUACCACAACAUUUUUACGUGUCCUCAGUCUUAUUUCCUGCCCUGGGGGAAUACAAAGCUUAACAUUCUGGGGUUUUAGUGAUGCAGCCCUUAUCUUACAACAUUUUCUCAGUUUUUUUGGGGUUUUUUGUUUGUUUUUUUGUUUGUUUUUUUGUUUUUUAAUGUGGUAUUCCUUCAUCACCUUUAAUGCAUUUCUGGUUUUUAUGUCCUUGCUUCAGUUACCUUUAUUUUCUUGUUACAACAAUAGUGCCUGUUCAGUGGAUGCAAACAACCUCUCCCUGCUGUGCUGUGAUUGCCUUAUUCUGGAUGCUUUCCUGAUGCAGAGAUAAGAAUCAGGUUGGAUCAUUUUAAGCAUCUUGGUAGUUUUCAGCUCUGAAAUGCAGCCAAGAUGUGGCAUUUGUGGUCUCAGGCUUUGGGGUGGUGGGUGAUGUGCAAACACACCCAUCCAGCCACCUUUGGGAUGUUGUUUUUAGGAGUCACAAUUCCCUCUUUGCUGUGUGUCUCCUGUGCUAAUGGUACUACAAAUAAUGUGAAUCUUUAAUUCCCCCCAAAAGGGGAGAAGAUGUAUUUCUAAUAUCAAAACCAACCAUGUAAUCCUCUUUAAUACUGUCCUUUAAUGGCCCCUCUGGGAUGCAUUGCUAAUUUUACAGAAUCUGAUUUGAAAUCCCUUCCCCUUGUGGUAAUUUUUCUCUAAAAUAUGUAGGAUUAAAUGAUCAAACAUACUAAAAUGUUGAAAAAUUCUCUUUUCUGUUGGUGUGCAGGACUUGAAGUCUCUGAGAGCAAACUUGGGGCUGCUUGUAAAUAACAUGAGAUAAAAAGAACAAUUUUCAAAAGCAAGUGGCUGCAGGAUUCCCAGGGAAGUUAAACAAACUAUCCAUGUGUAAGAUUCUCCUUCUCACUCGGGCCUGAGUCCUUGUGGGGUCUCUUUUGCUACAGUAAAACUCCCUUUGAGAAAGGAAACCCACUCCUGGAGCUCUGCUGGGAUGGUGUCACUCCAGUGGGACAGGGUGGAUGACUUAAUAGCUUGAUUAAUUUUCAGAGUUAUGCACCAUAACAAGACUUCCUGCUGCUUUGUCAGGGCUCUAAAAUACUGUAAUUUAUAAUUCUUCUAAGGCAAUGGGUUGGUGUUUUCAAGAUUUUCAGCAGGAAGGCAGAAAUGUGAAUUAAUCCAGCAUUCCAUGUAGUGUUAGGGCUCAUUUUCCUAUUUCCUUAUUGACUCUUCCUCAUAUUUGCUUGGACAGUAACUGCAGAUCAAUGAACCAGGACAGAACAUGUUCUCUAUGCACAGUGUAUUAGAUUUAGGAACCUUAAGUUUACUGAAACACUCUUGAUUCAAAAUGUUGGCACUGCAGUAGAAGAAAACUUAGCUGUGAUUUCUCCCCUUGGUAUUUAAUACAGUUUUCCACAUAAAAAGGAAGAUCCCCCACUGUGUUUCCCUCUGCUGUAACUCAGUGUUUGUACAAUACCUGCACUUGUCCUUUAAGGCAAAACUUUAGUGCAAGACAUUGGUCUUCUUCCUCCAGAACAGUGAAAUUUAAAGCACAAACCUGUUGCUAUUUGAGCAGAGAAAAUAUGUACAAUGCAAGAGCUGGCAAAUGUGAGCAUCCCCAGUGCAUAUACAGUGUACAGUGAGACCCAUAUUAUCUGUGUCUAUGUGUAUAUAUAUAUAUAGUGUAUUGUAUAAUGUAAUAAUAGUGUGUGUAUAUACUCCACAUGUCCACAUGCUCUGUCCAGUAAAUAGUUCUUUGUGCUGUACAUAAACUGUGUAUAUACAGUGAAUAUGUGGAAUAUGCAGAUAUAUUCUACAUAUUGAAGUUGUGUGUGUGUGUGUGGAUUCUGUAACCAGGGAUGGGUACAGAAAUGGAAUUUGUACAGAAACACAGGUUAAGCUCGUGGCUCUGAGAAUUUCAAAGUUCUGGUGAAAGAAAGAAAGAAAGGAAAAAAAAAACCCAGGAGAAAUUAUUUCUAAUCGAUUUUGUUUCUAUAUUUCUUUCAUUGGCAUGAAAAACUGUGUUUAUUAGCUGUGCCAAGUGUAGGAGAAACCUGGCAGAAAGUAGGAAUCAUCUGCACUGGAUGUGAUUUCACAUUCUUUGGAGCUUUUAAGGUGUCUUGUGGAAUCUGGGCUCAACUGCUGAUCUCACAUGUGAUGCUCAUGUCAUCUUUUCUUUUUUCUCUGGGCUGAGGCAGGGAGUUUUCUCCUCCAUUUGCUUGUAGUUUCACUUCUCCCUUUCCUUUUUUAUUUUCCUUUUUAAAAAACUAUUUUUAAGGAGCUGUUCCCAUACACACACACAUCCCCCAGACAGUCACAGGCAGAGGUGAAAAACAUGUUUUUCUUGCUUCAUUCCAGUUCAGUUGGUUGCACAUAAUUGUCAUCUGGAUUCCAGCUCUGUUUUUCCUCCAUUUCCACUUCAGGAAGGAUUACCCAUUGCAUUCUUGGCUUUGGGGAAAGAGUGGAGGUGAUUCUACUUUCUAACUAAAGAUAAAUGGAAUUAGACUCUGUGGUACCUUGAGCAAUCACCAGGAGCUCAGCAGGUUUUAUGGUGGCACACAUGUGUUUUAUAGGGAAUAUCAUCCCUGGGAUGACUCAUGGAAAGGCCUGGAUUGCACAGAACUCUGAGACACAACAGUUAAACAGGACAGACAGACAAUUACCCACCUGGGCCUGCACGUAGGACACAGGUCCUGAGUUACCACCCGAGCCCUCCCAGCCCUGUGUGCUCACAUUUCCCUCAGUCACCUUCCAAUUGUCUCGCUGUAAAACCUCCCAGUCAUCCUGCAAUAAAACCAGAUGCUCAUGAAAAUCCUCCUUCCACAGUAGUGCUGGAUGAAGUAUUUUUAUACAGGCACAUUUUUUCCUCGUGGAGCCUCUGCCCUGUGAGGGCCAUCAGUCCUCCCUGGAUUUUAUUCCAUGUACUGUGCCCUCAAAGUGUAGGAAAUUCCAAGCUGUGUCUGUGUAACCCUUUUUUUUUAAAUUAUUUUAUUUUUAAUUCCUGUCUGUGAAAUCUGGUGGCAGAAAUUUUGUAGAAGUUAUUUUGUCAUCUUAUGCUCAACGAUAAUGCACUUUUCUUGGAUUCUUCUUAUAAUCCUUUUGGGGUUACUAUUUCUUCUUUAGUGUUUCUCCAUUGAGAAGAAUAUUUAUUCUGUAGAACUGUGGCCCAAGGAGUUUUGGUCCAAGUAGAGUUGUUGCUUUCCCUCGUGUAAGAGUUUGAUUUCUCCUUUCUUCUGCAUUUUUUUUUCCUCCCUCUCAGGAAUUUCAUUUCUGUUUAAUCCUUGUUUAGAGCUGGAACUCUGUUGAAGUGAAUUGAUCUGUGCUAUUAAUGAUCUAAUUCAAUUGUGUUCCUACACUGGUGGAACAGCCAAGUUUCUGGUGUGUGUCAACCAUUGCAUCUCUUUACACUUCACAACACCCAUCUUUUCUUAGAAAGGAAUUUUGCUUGGAGUGUGGUGGAAUCACAGAUUUAUUUUUAGAGUAAAUAUGUUAACUGUUAUUCAUUGACACACCUGCUUGAUCAGUUGAUAUACUGCUCUUUUUACUUGAAAGUUUUAUAAAUAAAGGCUAAUUUGUUAUAAAAUGGAAUUUUCAUUUUUCCAACUUCUGCCUUCCCCUUUAAGUUUAACUUCUAAAGGAAAACUCACAGUGACUGUGGUUCCUCCUGCUGUUACAAUUACAGAGUCCUCUUCUGGUGUCCCUUUUAAUAUUCUCCAGUCUGACCUAAAAAAGGUGGAAACACAAAGUGAAAGCUGCAAUGUUGACCUAAAUUUGACUAAUAUCUCCAAAUAUGUACAUUGUUGUAGCUAUAUUUAUCUUUCAAAUAUCAUAACAAAUUGAAAGGUAUUUUAAUUUUAACCCAUCUCAUGUGUUUAUUGUUUAAUAUAAUAAGAGAAUUGUUAUUGUUUAAUAUAAUAAAUGAAAAGUUACUUUUUGGA